AUGUCAUAUAUGUCUGAAAAUAGCUGGUAAAACAGCAACUAACCGGAUAUCCAAAAUUGGAUAUCCUGUAUUCCGUUUCUCCAGAGUCAUGCCCAGCACCUAACCUGCGAACGGGCAAAAGACAUAACUCAUUAAGGUGGGCAAGUUCUGGCAGCAAGUUCUGGUGGCAAGUGUGUGUUUGUAUGGGAAUUUCAGCAUAGCAUCUCUUCAUUCAUAAACUGUUUUCAGUGCGAGUAGCACCGUUUAUAUCUUGUUGGCAAAUAUUGCAACAGCUUUGGCGAUUUUCUUUGGAGAAUUUAGUGAAAAGUUUCAAAGAUGUCUCAUUCGGUAAGUGAUGUUUGUUUUUUGCUUGUGUUUUUCCCCCCUUCAAAAUUUACUUGAUUUGUAUGGGCUUGUACUUAUGUUUUCAUAUUUGUAGAUCCUUUAAAUGAUUUGCAAGUGCGAGAACAAAGCUGUUCUUAACAUAUUUGAGCAAGCUUUUCAGUUGACAGAUGAAGAAAAGGAAGCGAUUUAACAGCGACGAAUUGCCAUUUGAACCAGACAAAAUGAAGUUUGCCCUAGCCUAAUAGAAAAUUGGUCAGCUUCCCAGCGGAUUUGUUUCGCCAACGAAUGGGCUAAUGAUCAUGGUCUAUGUGAGGAAUCAGACGCUCCAAGCGAGGUGAUUGAAAGCCAGACGAGAGAAGGAUCGGUGAGUAGAGAUGCGGUUUUUUAAUAUUUCACACGACAUGUUCAUACUUUUUUUCUUUAUGCUUGUACAUAUGUUUUCAUAUUUGUAGAUCCUUGAAAUGAUUUGCGAGUGCAAGAACGAAGCUGCUCUUAACAUAUUCGAGCAAGCUUUUGAGUUUAAUGGACAAAGAAAACGAAACAAUUUCACGACGACAAAUUGCCAUUUGGACCUGGCAAAAUGA